UGAGGUUUGGAAAAACAGAUGCUGGGACAGUUUCAGUUGAGAAUUACACCUUUGAUCAAGACAUAGCUAGACAAGAACUUAGUGCAAUGAUAGUACUUCAUGAGUACCCCUUAAGCAUGGUUGACCAUGUAGGUUUCCGAAGGUUUGUUGGUGCACUUCAGCCACUUUUUAGGAUUGGGACAAGGAACACUAUAAGAUCUGAUAUUAUGGCACAAUAUGAGUUGGAGAGAAAGAAAGCAAUUAAAUAUAUGGCUGGAAUUCAAUCGAGAGUUGCUAUCACCACUAACUUAUGGACCUCUGAUAAUCAAAAAAGAGGUUACAUGGCUAUUACUGCUCAAUUCAUUGAUGAAUCUUGGACCCUUAGAAACAUUAUCAUGAGGUUCAUUUAUGUACCUGCUCCUCACACCGCUGCAGUCAUUAGUGAUGAAUUAUAUGAAUCCUUGGUUGAUUGGAAUCUUGAUGAAAAGAUAUCCUCAAUUACUCUAGACAACUGCACCACAAAUGAUGCGGAAGCCAGCAAACAUGGGGUUUAA